GCUGCAGGAGGAGCAGGUGGCUGCACUGAGGGCCGGGGCCCCAGGCUUCCUGUGCGCGCCCGCCAGUUAGUUUCUCAUCGGAGCUCCUUGGGCCGCCCCGGCCUCCUGGCCCGGCCCCAUGGCCCAGACCCCCGACGGCAUAUCCUGUGAGCUGCGAGGCGAGAUCACCAGGUUCCUGUGGCCCAAGGAGGCAGAAGUGCUGCUGAAAACCUGGCUCCCCGAGCGGGAGGGUGCUGAGCAAGGUCACAUCCUGGCACUGCUUCGCUGGAGAGCCUACCUGCUCCACACCUGCCUCCCACUGAGGGUGGACUGCACGUUCAGCUACCUGGAGGUCCAGGCCAUGGCACUGCAGGAGACACCCCCUCAGGUCACGUUUGAGCUGGAGUCCCUGCCAGAGCUGGUCCUGGAGUUUCCCGGUGUGGCAGCCUUGGAACAGCUGGCCCAGCACAUCGCUGCGGCCAUCAAGAAGGUCUUCCCUCGCUCUGCCCUUGGGAAACUAUUCCGGAGGCCCACACCCCCCUCCAUGCUGGUUCGUCUAGAGAGAAGCAGCCCCUCCGAGACCACUGCACCCAGUAGCCCCUGUGGUGGCUUCUCGGAGACAUACGAGGCUCUGUGUGACUACAAUGGCUUCCCUUUCCGAGAGGAGAUUCAGUGGGACGUGGACACUGUCUACCACCGUCAGGGCUGCCGCCAUUUCAGCCUGGGAGACUUCAGCCAUCUGGGCAGUCGGGACCUGGCGCUGAGUGUGGCUGCCCUGUCCUACAACCUGUGGUUCCGGUGUCUCUCCUGCGUGGACAUGAAGCUGAGCCUUGAGGUCCUGGAACAGAUUCUGCACAUGAUGAGUCAGUCGUCUCACCUGGAGGAGCUGGUGCUGGAGACCUGUGGCCUGAGGGGAGAGUUUGUGCGGCGACUGGCCCAGGCGCUGGCAGGGAACGGGAGCUCUGGGCUUCAGGAGCUCAGCCUGGCGGGGAACCUGCUGGAUGACCGAGGCGUGGCUGCGCUCAGCAGACACCUAGAACGUCGGCCUGGAGCCCUGAGGAGACUCAGCCUGGCACAGACAGGGUUGACGCCUCGAGGAAUGAAGGCUCUAGGCCGGGCCCUGGCUUCCAAUGCGGCCUUUGACUCUGCCCUGACCCACCUGGACCUUUCCGGGAACCCGGGGGCACUGGGGGCCUCGGAGGAUAAUGGGGGACUCUACAGUUUCCUGAGCCGCCCUAACGUUCUGACCUUCCUGAAUCUCGCAGGCACCGACACCGCCCUGGACACACUCUUCGCCGCCCUGUCCCGCGGCUGCUGCGCCAGCCUCACCCACCUCGACGCCUCGAGGAACGUCUUCUCCCGCACGAAGUCCCGGGCUGCGCCCGCCGCGCUGCAACUCUUCCUCAGCCGCGCCGGGACGCUCCGGCACCUGAACCUGGCGGGCUGCAAGCUGCCCCCCGACGCGCUCAGGGCCCUUUUGGAAGGUCUAGCGCUCAACACGCACAUGAGCGACCUGCACCUGGACCUCAGCGCCUGUGAGCUGCGCUCUGCGGGCGCUCAGGUGAUACAGGACUUAGUGUGCGAUGCUGGCGCGGUGAGCUCCCUGGAUCUGUCAGACAACGGCUUCGGCUCCGACAUGGUGACUCUGGUGCUGGCCAUCGGGAGGAGUCGGUCCCUGAGGCAUGUGGCGCUUGGAAGGAACUUCAACGUUCGGUGCAAGGAGACCCUGGACGACGUGCUGCACCGGAUUGUCCAGCUCAUGCAGGAUGACGACUGUCCUCUGCAGUCUCUGUCUGUGGCUGAGUCGCGGCUGAAGCUGGGAGCCAGCGUCCUGCUUCGGGCUCUGGCCACCAACCCUAACCUGACAGCUCUGGAUGUCAGCGGCAACGCCAUGGGGGACACGGGUGCCAAGAUGCUGGCCAAGGCGCUUCGGGUUAACACCAGACUCCGGUCUGUAGUCUGGGACCGUAAUCACACGUCUGCCCUGGGCCUGCUGGACGUGGCGCAGGCCCUGGAGCAGAACCGAAGCCUGAAGGCCAUGCCUCUGCCACUGUCCGACGUGGCCCAGGCGCAGCGCAGCCGCCCGGAACUGACAGCACGUGCAGUACAUCAGAUCCAAGCUUGUCUCUUGAGGAACAACCACACAGACCACGUCUCUCCUGCCAGCGCCUCCUACCAGCAGCCACUGGGUCUGGUCUGCAGCCCCUCUGAGCAGGAAGUGAACGAGCUGUGCCAGGCGGUGCAGGAGCACGUGGAGCUGCUGGGCUGCGGGGCCGGGCCCCAGGGCGACGCCGCCGUGCACCAGGCCGAGGACGCCAUCCAAAACGCCAACUUCUCUCUCAGCAUUCUCCCCAUUUUAUAUGAGGCGGGAAGCUCCCCAAGCCAUCAAUGGCAGCUACGGCAGAAGCUGGAGGGCCUCCUGGGGCAGGUGGGUGAGGUCUGCCGCCAGGACAUUCAGGACUUCACUCAGGCCACACUGGACACAACAAGGAGCCUCUGCCCACAGAUACUGCAGGAGCCCAGGUGGAGGGAGAAGCUAGAGGGGGUCCUGGCGGGCUCAAGGGGCCUCCCAGAGCUGCUCCCAGAGCACCUGCUGCAAGAUGCCUUCACUAGACUCAGGGACAUGCGGUUGUCGGUGACAGGGUCCUUGGCAGAGAGCAUUGUGGCUCAAGCGCUGGCAGGUCUGAGUGCAGCCCUGGAUCGGCUGGUAGAGAGUCUGGCUCAGCAGACAACAAUGGCAAUGCCCUCUGCCAUACCGGCCCUGGAAGAAGGCCAGCCCACCCACUUUGGUCCUGGGGAACUGGAAGGCCUUUUCUUCCCUGGGGAGGACAAGGAGAAGGAGGAUGAAGAGAAGCAGAAGGAUGACAGUCCUCCACAGAAGUGGCCUGCGUCCAACCACUGCCUUCACCCUGUCCCCUCCAUUCACAGUGCUGCUGAGGAACCGGAGCCCGAGCUGGCGGCUCCUGGAGAGGAUGCGGAGCCGCAGGCGGACCCAUCUGCACGCGGCUCUCCGAGCCCCGCCGCUCCCGGGUCCCCGGCCGGCCCGCUGCCUCGCAUGGACCUGCCACCCUCCGGGCAGCCUCUGCGCCAUCCAACGAGGGCCCGGCCGCGGCCCCGGCGUCAGCACCACCACCGCCCGCCGCCUGGGGGCCCCCAGGUUCCCCCAGCCUUGCCACAGGAAGGGAAUGGGCUCAGUGCCCGUGUGGACGAGGGCGUGGAGGAAUUCUUCUCCAAAAAGCUGAUCCAGCAGGAUCGCCUCUGGGCCCCCGAGGAGGACCCAGCCACCGAGGGCAGCGCCACCCCUGUCCCCCGUACACUACGUAAGAAGCUGGGCACCCUCUUUGCCUUCAAGAAGCCUCGUUCAACGCGGGGGCCGCGGCCUGAUCUUGAGACCAGCCCUGGGGCAGCUCCCCGCACCCGGAAAACCACCCUUGGGGACCUGCUGCGUCCCCCGGCCCGUCCCGGCCGUGGGGAGGAGCCUGGUGGGGCUGAGGGGGGCAUCGGCAGCCCGGAGGCUGCCCGCAGGAGCCGGCCUCGCUACACGCGGGAGAGCAAGGCCUACUCGAUGAUCCUGCUGCCUGCCGAGGAGGAAGAGGCGGCGCUGGGCGCCAGGCCUGACAAGAGGCGGCCCCUGGAGCGAGGAGACACAGAACUGGCCCCGUCCUUUGAGCAGCGGGUACAAGUGAUGCUGCAGAGGAUUGGCGUGAGCAGAGGCAGUGGGAGCACUGAAGGCAGGAGGAAACAAAGCAAAGAUGGAGAGAUCAAGAAGGCUGGCUCCGAUGGUGACAUUAUGGACAGUUCCUCGGAGACCCCUCCCAUCUCCAUCAAAUCCCGCACCCACUCCGUGUCUGCAGACCCCUCAUGCAGGCCUGGGUCAGGGGGCCAGGGGCCCGAGUCCUCCACCUGGAAGACACUGGGGCAGCAGCUGAAUGCAGAGCUUAGGAGCCGUGGUUGGGGCCAACAGGAUGGUCCGGGACCUCCUUCCCCUUGUCCCAGCCCCCGAAAAGCCAGCCCAUCCCCAGACAGUCUGGGCCUCCCAGAGGAUCCUUGCCUGGGCCCCAGAAAUGAAGAUGGCCGGCUGAGGCCGAGGCCUCUCUCACCAGGCCGACGGGCAGCGUCUGUGCACGAGGACCAGCUCCGGGCCCCUGUCGAACGGCCCCUACGGCUGCAGCGCUCCCCCGUCCUCAAGAGAAGGCCAAAGCUUGAGGCACCCCCAUCGCCAAGCCUAGGACCUGGCCCCGGAGCCGAGCCCCCGCUCCCACAGUACACAGAGCCCGCCAGCCCAGUGCAGAGCCCACCCUCCCCAGUCACAGACCAAAGAGGCGGCCCCAACCCCUGACCUUCUCCUUUCUUGCCGCAUGAGAUUAUUUUAUUAAAAAACUCAAGGAAGCAGA